AUGGUGCCACCUCCCCCAGGCAUACACCCUCUGCCAAUGUCUCGACCACAGGUGGGCAUCGAGAGGUUGCCUGCCCGCCGCAUGAGCAAUGAGCCACGGGAAUCUAUGAACUGCAAGUCAUGUCGCAAGCGAAAGAUCAAGUGCAAUCGGUUACGACCAUCGUGUGAGGCUUGCCAGGUCUUCCAGUGUCCCUGUAUCUAUGAUGCUGUGCCGAAGAAGCGGGGUCCCAAGACAGAUGUCUUGGAAGCUCUGCUGAAGAGGGUCGACGGGCUCGAGGCCAAACUGAAAGAGAAGAAGGGUCAGCCUGCAACGCCAACCUCUGAGAGUGCUCCUCCCGAGCAGGUGCGCCAGAUCAAUUUAUCCCCACCCGAGCUGAGAAGGAGGAGGACGAGGGGGAGGAUGCGGAUCAUUAUUCUACUUCCUAAUGGACAAAUGACUAACCAGGACUCCAGUGCCCAUUCACCAGCCGGGGUGGUGCAGCCCGAUGUUCUUCUGGAUACGUACUUCUCCAGAUUUCACGCCAAGCCCUUCUACAUACUCGAUGAGUCCUCUGUCCGGCAACGGCUUCAGCUCAACCAGCUGCCUAAUUAUCUUGUUCAUGCCAUCUACGCUGUAGCAGCGAGGUAUACGCCGCAUCCAAAUGGAUACCAAGCAGCGGUGAGGCUGAGUGAAGAACAUGCUACUCGUGCGAGGCUUGAGAUAGAUCUCGAUGAGCCGUCUAUUGAUGCAUUACAAGCUUGUCUGCUGCUGGUCGUUGCUUUCACCGCGGCAGGAAAGGGAAAGAAGGCAUACAUGCUUCUGACUGCUGCUGUCGGGAUGACCAUGGCGCAGGAGCUGCACCGAGAGAUGGACCCACGUGCCACGGUGACGCCCAUUGAGCGCGAGACGCGAAGGAGACUGUUCUGGACGUGCUAUCUGCUCGAUCGAUUCAUCUCGUGCGGAUCCAAAAGACCAUGUCUCAUCGCAGACAAGACCAUCCUCCUGCGGCUGCCGUGCUGGUCGCCCAACCCAGCAGCACUCCCAAUCGAGGGCGAGUUCUUCCAGUGCGGGACCGCCGACCAAUACAUGCAGGGCGCCGGAAGAAAGUCACAGGGCAGCAGUGGCAUGCUUAUUGAGAUCAGCAGGAUCCUCGGCAUCACGAACCGAUAUCUCGCCGCCGGAGGGGUCAAGGGCGACUCGCAUUUCCCCUGGCACACGCUCUCGAAUCUAUCCAAGAUCCGCCAAGAUCUCGACAUCUGGGCGUCGGGCACCGACGACGUCUUCUCCAGCCUCGACACGCUCUUUGGGCAGAAUGACUCGACCGUGCUCGUCCUGAGCAAGCUCAUCUAUCACCUGGUGCACUGCCUCAUCUACCGGCCCUUCCUCCCCAUCGACCUCGCCGAGCUCGCAGGAAACGGCCAGCACCAGUCGUGGCAGAUCGAGGCCACCAACAUGUGCUUCCUGCACGCCAACGCCAUCGCGGAGCUGGUGGAGCUCGGCAAGCAGACGGGAACCAUCGAGUGGCCCGCCUUUGUAGGAUACUGCAUCUGUACCGCCGGCACGGUUCACAUCCACGGCGCACAUUACAGCAAGAACGGGCCCCUGGGGGAGAUGAGUGUCUUUUGCUCCUCUGCCGAGUUCCUGUCGAGGGAGAUGCAGCAGCUCAGCGAGCUGCGGUUUGCAUGGGCCACGGUGCAGCACCAGCGAGAGACGCUCCAGGGCAUCUUCAAUGCGCACUCGGAGCUGGUCAAGAGCCUAGGAAAUAUGCACUACCCGCCUGUGCUCCACCUCGAGGACUUCUUCGACAGAUAUGCCAACAUCGGCGGGCCUGGCGGGCCCAGCUUCAGCUUUGACGCGGCCAACCUCUCUCUGACCGAUGUGACUGUGGACUUGACCGCCGAAGCCGCCUAUGCCGGUCCCGAUUUGUACUCGCCCAGGACGGCUGAACAGGGCCACGAGAGGCCAAACUUGAAGCGGAAGAGCAUGCUCCAGGGCGGCCGGAGGAGGGCCGACUCGAAAGCGCUGGCUCCGCUGGCCAGCAACGUCAACACCGUCAUCCCAACAGGGUUGCCGACGCCAUCCCACCACCAACGACACCACCCUCCCUUCUCCACUACGACAACCACUCCUACUACUAUCAUGAUCCCUACACACCAACAACAAUACCAAACCUCGGCGAUGCUCCACAGCCCGGCAUCGCUUGUCUCGCACCAGGGCCUCUCGGAAGCAAACAUGAACGGUAUGCAGGACUCGGACGAUAUCGCCAACAAGGCUGCCAUAGCUGCUGCUGCUGCUGCCGGCUUCACCAUCCCCUCCCACCACCACCACCCUCCUCCUCAUCCUCACCCUCCAGCACAGGUGCACAACCCCUUCAGCCCCCCUUACACAAACUAUGGCACCGCCCUGCCCACCUCGACCCCCGGCGCACCCUGCGCGAACACGAGCACGAGUUCCUAUGAUCCCAUGUUCGGUGGAGUACCUACUAAUGCCUUCUCAAGCCCCGCUGCCUGGAACGGCGGCAACGACGGCACCACACCCCGACCAACACCGAACCAUGCCGCCUCAGCAGCAGCAGCAGCAGCAGCAGCAGCAGCAGGCAUUGCUUCUGCCACAGGUCCCUCUGGUGCCCAGCAACAGCCACAGCUGGCACACAGUCCCGGUGGGAUGAGCGCCUCGGGCGGCAGCACCGGCACCGGGCCCGGCGAGGAGAAGGAUCCGUUCUUGGCCCUGCUGGAGCAGCUGGCUGAUAGCGAGAACGCGAGGGGUCCUGGCAACGAGUUUGACUUCUUCUUUGCGGGUUCGUCACAAUGA